UCCCCUUGUGCUGACCAGAGUCUUCAGGGCCCUUCUAGAGGACAAACGUGGAUGAGUAUCUGGAAAGCGUUUAUGAGGUGUAAAAUGACGCAGACGGUAUGGUUAGCCGCCAUUUUGUUGGCUGCAGUUCUGGGAUCAGUUCUGUCCCAGUCAAACGUGUGCCAAGCACCUGAUGGAAAAGAUGGUCAGUCUGGGGUGCCUGGUCGUGAGGGAAGACCUGGACCAAAAGGUGAACGGGGACCAGCCGGGUUGCCUGGUAGUAUACAUGGGCAGGUUCCUAUAAAAGGUGAUGCAGGUGACCCUGGAUCUACUGGGGAACCUGGUCCAAUCGGGUACAUAGGUCCACAGGGACCACUUGGUCCUUCAGGAAAUCAAGGACCAAUGGGAUCCAAGGGAGAAAUGGCCAGUAUCGCAGACCAGAAGCGCCCAGCUUUCUCUGCCAUAGAACCUAAAGUUCGAGACGAUAUGGUGGUGUUUGGCAAAACUAUAACCAACCAAGAAAGCUCAUAUGAUGUAAUCACAGGCAAAUUCACCUGUAAGGAGCCUGGUUAUUAUUACUUCAACUUUCAGGUGGUUUCCAAUGGUGAUCUCUGCCUCUAUUUUGUCACCCAAAAAAAUACAAAGAAGGAAAACAUACUCGGGUUCUGUGAUAGUAAUCAACAAGCUCGUCCUCAGGUGAAUUCGGGGGGCACCGUCCUAAAUCUCAGAGCGAAAGAUGAAGUCUGGAUUGAGACAAAGGGACAAAGCAAGAAUAUUGCUCACUCCUCUGCAGCUACCAGCAUCUUCAGUGGCUUCCUGCUUUAUCCUCAGCAAGAAUAAACAAUGAAUAAAGACACCAGUCUAAGAUGUUUGAUUCUGCAUAAGAUUGCAGCAAUUUGCUAAAGGGACAUUCUACUAAAAUUGUUCCAUUGUGUAUGUAAAUAAGCAUUUUUUUUUUUACUUAUAGCCAUUUCAAUGUAAAGUGAAACAAAUGCACCAGUAUUAGUUGUGUACUUCCAAUUACGGGACAUCUAGACCUGUGUAAGAAACACCAGGAUUCAGGGGAUAAAACUGUGAGGUAGUUCUAUGGCACAAUACCUUAUAUUUAUAACUGAUUACUAAUGAGCAUAAGUAGGAAGUACUGAUUACUAAUGAGCAUAUGUAGGAAGUACUGAUUACUAAUGAGCAUAAGUAGGAAGUACUGAUUACUAAUGAGCAUAAGUAGGACGUACUGAUUACUAAUGAGCAUAAGUAGAAAGUUCUGAUUACUAAUGAGCAUAAGUUGGAAGUACUGAUUACUAAUAAGUAGAACGUUCUGAUUACUAAUGAGCAUAAGUAGGUAGGAAGUUCUGAUUACUAAUGAGCAUAAGUUGGAAGUACUGAUUACUAAUAAGUAGAACGUUCUGAUUACUAAUGAGCAUAAGUAGGUAGGAAGUACUGAUUACUAAUGAGCAUAAGUAGGAAGUACUGAUUACUAAUGAACAUAAGUAGGACGUACUGAUUACUAAUGAACAUAAGUAGGACAUACUGAUUACUAAUGAACAUAAGUAGGACGUACUGAUUGCUAAUGAGCAUAAGUAGGAAGUACUGAUUACUAAUGAACAUAAGUAGGACAUACUGAUUACUAAUGAACAUAAGUAGGACGUACUGAUUACUAAUGAGCAUAAGUAGGACGUACUGAUUACUAAUGAACAUAAGUAUGACGUACUGAUUGCUAAUGAACAUAUGUAGGAAGUACUGAUUACUAAUGAGCAUAAGUAGAAAGUACUGAUUACUAAUGAGCAUAUGUAGAAAGUACUAAUUACUAAUGAGCAUAAGUAGGAAGUACUGAUUACUAAUGAGUAUAAGUAGGAAGUACUGAUUACUAAUGAGCAUAAGUAGAAAGUUCUGAUUACUAAUGAGCAUAAGUAGAAAGUACUGAUUACUAAUGAGCAUAAGUAGGAAGUACUGAUUACUAAUGAGCAUAAGUAGGACGUGCUGAUUACUAAUGAACAUAAGUAGGACGUACUGAUUGCUAAUGAGCAUAUGUAGGAAGUACUGAUUACUAAUGAGCAUAAGUAGGAAGUACUGAUUACUAAUAAGCAUAAGUAGGAAGUACUGAUUACUAAUAAGCAUAAGUAGGAAGUACUGAUUACUAAUGAGCAUAAGUAGGAAGUACUGAUUACUAAUGAGCAUAUGUAGAAAGUACUGAUUACUAAUGAGCAUAAGUAGGAAGUACUGAUUACUAAUGAGCAUAAGUAGGACGUACUGAUUACUAAUGAACAUAAGUAGGAAGUACUGAUUGCUAAUGAGCAUAAGUAGGAAGUACUGAUUGCUAAUGAGCAUAUGUAGGAAGUACUGAUUACUAAUGAGCAUAAGUAGGACGUACUGAUUGCUAAUGAGCAUAUGUAGGAAGUACUGAUUACUAAUGAGCAUAAGUAGGACGUACUGAUUGCUAAUGAGCAUAUGUAGGAAGUACUGAUUACUAAUGAGCAUAAGUAGGAUGUACUGAUUACUAAUGAUCAUAAGUAGGAAGUACUGAUUACUAAUGAGCAUAAAUAGGACGUACUGAUUACUAAUGAUCAUAAGUAGGAAGUACUGAUUACUAAUGAGCAUAAAUAGGAUGUACUGAUUACUAAUGAUCAUAAGUAGGAAGUACUGAUUACUAAUGAGCAUAAGUAGGACGUACUGAUUGCUAAUGAGCAUAUGUAGGAAGUACUGAUUACUAAUGAGCAUAAGUAGGACGUACUGAUUGCUAAUGAGCAUAUGUAGGAUAUACUGAUUACUAAUGAGCAUAAGUAGGACGUACUGAUUGCUAAUGAGCAUAUGUAGGAAGUACUGAUUACUAAUGAGCAUAAGUAGGACGUACUGAUUGGUAAUGAGCAUAUGUAGGAAGUACUGAUUACUAAUGAGCAUAAGUAGGAAGUACUGAUUACUAAUGAGCAUAAGUAGGACGUACUGAUUACUAAUGAACAUAAGUAGGAAGUACUGAUUGCUAAUGAGCAUAAGUAGGAAGUACUGAUUGCUAAUGAGCAUAUGUAGGAAGUACUGAUUACUAAUGAGCAUAAGUAGGACGUACUGAUUGCUAAUGAGCAUAUGUAGGAAGUACUGAUUACUAAUGAGCAUAAGUAGGACGUACUGAUUGCUAAUGAGCAUAUGUAGGAAGUACUGAUUACUAAUGAGCAUAAGUAGGAUGUACUGAUUACUAAUGAUCAUAAGUAGGAAGUACUGAUUACUAAUGAGCAUAAAUAGGAUGUACUGAUUACUAAUGAUCAUAAGUAGGAAGUACUGAUUACUAAUGAGCAUAAAUAGGAUGUACUGAUUACUAAUGAUCAUAAGUAGGAAGUACUGAUUACUAAUGAGCAUAAGUAGGACGUACUGAUUGCUAAUGAGCAUAUGUAGGAAGUACUGAUUACUAAUGAGCAUAAGUAGGACGUACUGAUUACUAAUGAUCAUAAGUAGGAAGUACUGAUUACUAAUGAGCAUAAGUAGGACGUACUGAUUGCUAAUGAGCAUAUGUAGGAAGUACUGAUUACUAAUGAGCAUAAGUAGGACGUACUGAUUGGUAAUGAGCAUAUGUAGGAAGUACUGAUUACUAAUGAGCAUAAAUAGGACGUACUGAUUACUAAAGAUCAUAAGUAGGAAGUACUGAUUACUAAUGAGCAUAAGUAGGAUGUACUGAUUACUAAUGAUCAUAAGUAGGAAGUACUGAUUACUUAUGAGUAUUAGGGGGAAGUAUAACAGUUAUAAGUUUGCAAGAGCACACAAUAACAACAGUGUUUGCUGCCAUGUAGUGCUACAGUUAGCUGUGUGCUACCUACCUAGAGUCUUCAACAAAAAAUUCCAUUAAAACAAAGGAAAUGUAAUAAUUGGAGUAAACUGGAAAGGUUUCUUUAAUUGUAUGCUCUGCCUGAAUCAUAGGAAAAUAAAUAUCUUUUUCCAUAUACUGUACCUUUAAAGCUUUCACAAUAAAUCUUUCUAGCUUUUUUGUUGGAAAUUAGCAGCAA